AUGCUGAAAAUUGCCGUCUUCCUUAUUACUGUCGCCUACUACUCGGGAGCUGAGCCAGUGCUAUGGGGUUCUCGAAUCGUUGGAACACCUGCGGGACAAUCACCAACUAUGUAUUUCCGUCUUCCCAAAAAAGCCUCGAUAGUGGCAUUGAUAGAUGGCAUACGAAUUCCGAUCGGCAUAAAAGAUGGCAAGUGUUAUCUUAAUGGUAAUCAGGAGUGGGGUUCCCCUUGUGAAAUGGAUGAAGGUAAGCAGAACUUGGACAAAACUCCUCUCUUCUAUGCACAGCUCUCACCAUUCAAUUAUUUGUCUAUUAUAAUAAGUAACCUCUCCCGGUAUCAACACUUUGUUUGGUACAUCGACAACGUGAACUACUGCACGUUGAUUCUGCGUAAAAGUGGUAGUAGGGACUGCACAAUAUUCAUGUGCCUAGGCAAAGAAAGUGUCAACAUCACUCUGAAGGACGUAUCCAAACAGGAGGCAUUACAAAUAUUAAGUCUAUAUUUUCUCACGUCUGCAGCAUUUUUCGUGCCAACUUGUACUUUUCAGAAGCCAAAGCAAGGUGUUUUGCAUACAGAUGAAGUCGAUUUGCAGACGUCGUUUCCACUUUCUCGAUUUGGGAAAGGGCAACCGAAUGUCGAAGUCGCAUUAGCUGCCCAAGGUGCAAGAAGCCAAAGUGUGGCUGCCCUAAUAGUGAAUGGCCAACUGAAGUGUAGAUGGACAGGAACGAGUCUGGAAGUAUCUCAUUCACCUUUCUGCCGUAAUAUGUCGAAUGAUACAGGAUCCGACCUGAGAACAUUUGUUUUAAAUAUUACACGGAAUGACACUGUCAAUUAUACCACAAUUGAGUGGUCUGCAGGAAAUAAAGCAUUGACAGUCAAUAUUGACUGGACACAAGAAGGUACAUCGCCAGAAAUAGAGGAAUGCAACAGCCCUGAGGUGACGCACACCACCACGAGUCUUGAGGUAACGUACACCUCCACGAUUGUGACUAUACUGCUGUCAAUGCUGAUGCUUUUGAAAACGCUAGCCAGUUGA